AUGGAGAGCGACGGCGAGAAGAAGAAAGGUAUACAAUCGUCAUCAUUCAGGCUUCGAAGCCCAAGCCUAAACGCUCUUCGUCUCCAACGGAUCUUCGAUUUGUUCGACAAAAACGGCGACGGAUUCAUCACCGUCGAGGAGCUGAGCCAAGCUCUCACUCGUCUCGGCCUCAACGCAGAUCUCACCGACCUCAAAACCACCGUCGAGUCGUACAUCCAGCCUGGGAACACCGGCCUCAAUUUCGACGAUUUCUCUUCCCUCCACAAGACGCUCGACGACUCCUUCUUCGGCGGAGCUUGCGACGACUCUUCGCCGGAAUCCGCCGCGGAAGACGAGUCGGAUCUCGCGGAGGCGUUCAAGGUGUUCGACGAGAACGGCGACGGGUUCAUCUCCGCCAGGGAAUUGCAGGCGGUUCUGAAGAAGCUCGGGUUGCCCGAAGGAGGAGAGAUGGAGAGAGUGGAGAAGAUGAUCGUCUCCGUUGACCGGAAUCAAGAUGGCCGCGUUGACUUUUUCGAAUUCAAGAACAUGAUGCGCACCGUUUCGAUCCCUACCUCUUGA